GGAAUGUAACCCGAGCAGCGAGCGAGGCGUUGGCCAUAGAGUGGCACCAAAGGGGGUUGAAACCACUUGGCAUGAUGCUGGACGACAGCCCUCAUUCAUUAUCAGAGGAGCUGCUAUUCACAAUGGAGCAAACGAUGAAAUGCUGCCAUUAUGGUGGCAAGCAAAGGGCCCGGCUGCGGCCCGACACCCGAUCUCCUCUUUGGCUCUGGCCUCCUUUUGUCCCGGUAUUUCAUAUCUGACUGGGCCGCCCUAAUAAAAAAAAAAAAAGCCUUCGCCCGGCGCUGGAACAGCGAUGGACCUGUGGUUUCGGAGCUUGAAAGCUCAGACAUGGGGAACAAACAAACCAUCUUCACAGCGCAACAGCUCGACGCAUAUCAGGACUGUACAUAUUUCACAAGAAAAGAAAUUCUCAGACUGUUCUACCGCUAUCGGGAUUUGGCACCACAGCUCGUUCCUCUUGACUACACCAACCAGCCAGAUGUGAAGUUACCAUACGAGCUGAUUGGCAGCAUGCCGGAGCUGAAGGACAACCCGUUUCGGCAGAGGAUCGCUGAGGUUUUCUCUGAGGAUGGAGAGGGAAACAUGACUCUGGACGACUUCCUGGACAUGUUCUCGGUUCUCAGUGAGAUGGCUCCUCGGGACCUCAAGGCCUACUAUGCGUUCAAAAUCUAUGACUUCAACAACGAUGACUUCAUCUGCAAGUCAGACCUGGAGAAGACGCUGAACAAGCUCACCCGUAACGAGCUGACAGAAGACGAGGUGAAGAUGGUGUGCGAGAAGGUGAUCGACGAGGCCGACCUGGACAACGACGGACGCCUGUCACUCGAGGACUUCCAGAACAUGAUUAACAGAGCUCCAGAUUUCCUCAGCACCUUUCACAUACGGAUCUAAGGGAACCAGCAGCUGCUUUUUUGAUCGCUUGAAAAAGCCCGACAGAAUGGACUGAAAAUACUGCAGAACUUAACAAAAGCGGACAUGUUAUGAAAACUAUUUUUACCUUUUUUUUGUUGUUACGGCAUCUUAAAUGUUUUUACCUGAAGUAAAACUUCAACUGAACCUACAUCCAGAGGUUGUUUUUUUUGCUAGAACACCAACCACGGCCCAUGAGCCCAGCUAAUCCAUCAGGAUAGGGUUCAUUAAUCAUGACCGUCAAACAGAAGAUUUGUUUUGUAUCUUCAGAGGGUUUGGUUACACCGAAUAUAAAAGAACAGAAUAUUCCAGUGGCUCCCAGUGGGCCGCGCAGAGCGGGGCCUCCAUUGGUCCUGAAAGCAGCAAAGCUCCAGCACGGGGUCAACUAUUGGUCGUCUCGUCAGGAAACCAGCCAAUGAAAACACUGGAAGAAGCUGAAACAUUUUUUUGUUUUAUUAAAUCAAAAGUACACAUAUCUACAGUAUGUAGAUACAUUUCUUAUGGGUUUAGAAAGUACAGUACAGUUUAUAUAGAUUUAUUUUUCACUGAUAUUUAUAGACUUUCCCCCCCCCCCUCAAAACUCCCACCAGACAGAAUGAAAACAUGGCUGCUAAAAAUGUGUGUUUGCUGUAUUACAUGUUAUAGGGAUCUAAAGAAAAAAAAAUAGAAGUAUCAAUCCAUCCAGAAAACAAAAGUACAGAUUGUGUCUCUAACGUCUGCUCUCUCUGGUUCUGUUAUCACCUUAAGCCGCUCGAUUACUCAAGAAACAGAACGACGCCGUUUCAUCUCUGCUAAAGCAAGAAAA